AUGGCUGAAGAUCUUGAACUAAAUGAUCCACGGAUCUAUUUUAUUGCUGAUUAUGUUCUUAAAACUCUUAAAUUAAAAUCAGAUAAAUUUGCUAAAAUGUAUGGUAUAGAAGAAAAUAAAAUCAUAUUACAUGAAUUUUUUGAUAAAGCUGAUUCACCAAUACUUGUUAUACAAUAUACAGCAGCUGGUUCACUUCAGCCGACUGUAUCAUUUCCAAAUGUAUUAAAAAAUAAAUCAUGUUAUUUUAUUAAAAAACGUCGUGAAAAUAUUCCAAGAGAUGCUGUCUUACGUGAUGUUAUUAUGUAUGGAGAUUUAUCAACAUCACCUGUUGAUCAACUUUCAGCAAUGGUUGAUGAACUAUUGAUUCCUCUUCUUCAAAAUCCAUCAAAUAAUGAAGCAUGGCCAAAAGUACUCUCACAAGAUAUUCUUCGUCAUGCAUUGGGUAUUAAAAAUAAAGUACAGAUCUUAAAUGGACAAAUGAAAGGAAAAACACUUUUACCAGUUCCUGCUGGUGCUGAACGUGUUACAGAUGAUGCUGUAAAUGGACAACAAGAAAAUGGUCAUGCUGCUGCAGUUGAUAGUAAUUUAUUACAUGCAAUUGAAUCUGUUGUUAUUGAAUGGUCACAUCAAGUUCAAGAUGUAUUAAAAAAAGAUUCAUCACAAGCAUUACUUGAUGGUGGUAAUGCACUUCCAGGUGUUGAAGUCGAAUUUUGGCGAUCACGAUAUACAAAUUUAUUAAAUAUUCAUGAACAAUUAAGUGAUGCACGAGUUAAAAAAAUGGCUGAAUUAUUACGAAAAACAAAUUCAAGUUAUUAUCCAGCAUUUGAAUCAUUAUUAAAUGAUGUUAAUGAUGCAUUAAAUGAAGCUAAAGAAAUUGAUAUUUAUCUUAAACCAGUUGCACAACAUUUUGAUGGAGUUGAAACAACAGAUUUUGGUGAAACGGCAUCGCUUUAUGGGCCUAUGUUUCAUACACUUUGUCUCAUGUGGGCUAAUUGUAAAGCAUAUCGACGACCAGCACGUAUUAUUGUUUUAUUGCAAGAAUUAAAUAAUCUUAUUAUGAAACAAGCUUCAGAAUUUAUGGAACCACUUGAUUUAUUUAAAGGUGAACCAGAUGAAUCUAUGGAAAAAAUCAAUCAAACUGUUCGAUCACUUGAAGCAUAUCAAUCAGCAUAUUUACAGUAUAAAUCUAAAUUGAAAAAUUAUUUUAAAAAUGGUGAAAUGGUUAAAGAAUUUGAUUUUUCACCAAAAUUAGUUUUUGCUAAAUGGGAUAAAUUUAUGGAACGUGUACGAAUUAUUCAAGAUUUAUUUCAAACAGCUGCUGAAUUUCUUCGUUUAGAAAAAGUUGAAAUUGGAGGUGUCAAAGGCAAAACACUCAGUUCACUUGUUUUAAAUAUUUUCGAACAAUUUAAAGAAGAAUUUGAAAAAAUGAGCAAUAAAAAAUAUGAUCCAUUAGAUCCAGCUUGUAUCGAAUUUCUUGAUGAUAUUGCACAUUUUAAAUAUUUUCUUAAAGAUAUGGAACUUAAAUUAGCUUCUAUAAUUAAUCAAGCAUUUGAUGAUUCAAAUAGUCUUACUAGUCAAUUUAAACUUAUUUCAAUACUUGGUUCAUUACUUGAAAGACCAACAAUACAUGAAGCAUUUGUACGAAAUUAUCACCGUUUAACACUUGCUGUUGAACAAGAAAUUAAUGCUUGUCAUGAAAUUUAUGAAAGACAAAUGGCUUAUAAAAAAGAACAUGGAACAAUUGAAUUACAUCGAAAUAAACCACCAAUUGCAGGUUCACUAGAAUGGGUCGACGAAAUGAAAGAUCGUAUCAAUGAACCAGUUGAUGCAUUUACAAAACUUGAUCAUGCAGCUAAAGAGACUGACGAUGGAAAACGUGUUUUAGCAAAACAUGAAGAAAUUCUUCAAUUACUUGAUAAAUUUGCUAAAAGUAUAUUUGAUGAAUGGUCGAAAAAUGUUGGUCAAGCAGCUAAUUUUAAUCUUAAACAACAUUUACUUACACGAAAUCCAGAAACACAAAUUAUUACAACAAAUUUUGAUCCACAACUUAUCGGUGUUUUACGUGAAGUUAAAUAUAUGCAACAAACAAAAGCAGGUACUAGUGCAAAUAUUCCUGAAGAUGCAACAAAAAUGUAUCAAGAAAAUGAAAAAUUUGUUAAUUAUGUUACUAAUCUUGAUUAUACAACAAAAUCAUAUAAUAAAGUUCGUCUUACAAUACUUCCUGUAGAAAAACCACUUGUUGAAAAACAAUUAGAAGAAAUUGAUAAAAAAUUAACGCGUGCUGAAAAAGAAUUAUCAUGGUCAACACCAGAAAUUUGGGAUUAUAUAAAAACAACACGUGCAGAAGUUCAUGAUUUAGAAAAUCGUUUACAUAAUGCAAAAGCAAAUGUUGAACAAAUUCAACGUUUAAUGUCAACAUGGCAAGAUGUACCAUUAUAUAAACGUUCCGAAGGCAAAUCAACAUUACUUUAUUUAGAUGAUAAAGAACAACGUUUAAAUAAUCGUUAUAAAGAAAUUGAUGAAACAGGAAAAAAAAUUCAUGGUUUAUUAAAAGAAAAUGGUGAAUUACUUAAAGUUGAAAAUUAUGAUAGUGAUGCAUGGAAAAAUUAUGUUGAUUAUGUUGAUCAAAUGGUUUUAGAAGGAUUUAGAAAAAUAAUUAAUUGUAAUUUAAUGUUUUUCUUACGUGAAACUGAUCCAGUUCAAAAUCCUGAUCCACUUUUUGAAUCACAAUUACAAUUACAAGCACCAAAUAUGUUAUUCAAUCCAUCAAUGGAUGAAAAUGAUAAAAAUACAUUUUCAGAAUUAAUUGAAGAUUUACUUGAUACAAUCUAUAAACAAGGUUCAUUAAUACCACGUCUUGCUACUCAUACAAAUCAAGCUAAUUAUCAAGAUGCACUUGAACAUAUGCAAGAUCUAGCUGAUUUACGUACUGAUUUUACUGAUCGUGUACAUGCUGUUAUAGCUAAAGCUAAUGAAUAUCGUGCAUUAUUUAAUAAAUAUGCUUAUUUAUGGGUUGAUGAUCGACAAGAAUUUAUGCGACAAUUUUUACUUUAUGGUCAUGUUUUAACACAAGAAGAAAUUGAAGCAAAUUCUGAACAAGGUGUUCCACAAAAUCCACCAACAUUACAACAAUUUAAAGAACAAGUUGAUACAUAUGAAAGUAUUUAUGAAGAAGUUAGUAAAUUUGAAGAUACAAAAAUAAUAGAUAAAUGGUUUCGUGUUGAUUCUCGACCAUUUAAACAAGCUUUACUUAAUAUUGCUAAGAAAUGGUCAUUUAUGUUCAAACAACAUCUUAUGGAUGAUGUUACAAAUAGUUUACAAGAAUUAGCUGAUUUUAUUAAAUUACAUGAUAAAGGUUUAAAUGUUAACAUAAAUGAAGGUGAUUAUGAUUCAUUAGUUGAAGUUAUGUCUCAUCUUGGUGCUGUACGUGAAAAACAACCAACAUUUGAUGCUAUGUUUGAACCAUUAAAACAAAAACUUGAAUUACUUAAAUCAUAUGGACAAGAAAUAAAUGAUGAUGUAUAUGAACGUUUAAAUAUUUUACCAGAAAAAUGGGCUAAUACAAAAAAACUUGCAGUUAAUGUUAAACAACAAGUUGCACCAUUACAAACAAAUGAAGUUGCAAAUCUUCGUCGAAAAGUUGCUAAUUUUGAUGUACGACAAUAUGAAUUUCGAGAGAAAUUUCGUAAAGAAUUACCAUUUGGAUAUGAUCAAACACACGUUUAUAGAAAACUAGAUCAAGGUAAUACUGAUAUAUCAACAAUGGAACGUGAAAUGCAAAUGUUAAAUGAUUCAGCUGCUCUAUUUGAAGUCACAGUACCUGAUUUUAAACAAGUUAAACAAUGUCGUAAAGAAAUUAAAUUACUUAAACAACUUUGGGAUUAUGUUUAUUUGGUUCGAACGACAUUUGAUGAUUGGAAAAAAACAAAAUGGCGUGAAAUUAAUGCUGAAACGAUGGAUCAAGAAUGUAAAAAAUUCGCAAAAGAUAUUCGAGCUUUGGAUAAAGAAAUGCGUGCAUGGAAUGCUUAUUCUGGUCUUGACGAUGCCGUUAAAAAUAUGAUGACAUCAUUACGUGCUGUAACUGAAUUACAAAAUCCAGCUAUUCGAGAACGUCAUUGGCUUGAAUUAAUGAAAGCAACUGGUGUUAAAUUUGAAAUGACUGAUUCAACAACAUUUGCUGAUUUACUUGCAUUACGUUUACAUCAAUAUGAAGAUGAAGUUAAAAAUAUUGUUGAUAAAGCUGUUAAAGAAAUGGCUAUGGAAAAAGUUUUACGUGAAUUAGAUAAUACAUGGAAAACAAUGGAAUUUACACUUGAACCACAUACACGUACAAAAUUACCAUUAGUUGUUGUACAAGAAGAAUUAAUUGAAGUUUUAGAAGAAAAUCAAGUACAAUUACAAAAUAUGUUAACAUCAAAAUAUAUUGCACAUUUUCUUAAAGAAGUUACUGAUUGGCAACGAAGUUUAUCACAAGCUGAUCAAGUUAUACAUAUAUUAAUUGAAGUACAAAAAACAUGGUCACAUUUAGAAUCAAUUUUUAUUGGUUCACAAGAUAUUCGUAAUCAAUUACCUGAAGAUUCAGCUAGAUUUGAUUCAAUUGAUAAAGAUUUUCGUGAAAUAGCUAGUGAAAAUCAAAAAGAUUUAAAUGUUGUUCGUUGUACAAAUCGUCCAAAAUUAAAUGAUCGUUUAGAAGAUAUUAAAUCACGUUUAUCAUUAUGUGAAAAAGCACUUGCUGAUUAUUUAGAAACAAAACGAUUAGCUUUUCCAAGAUUUUAUUUCGUUUCGGCUGCUGAUUUACUUGAUAUAUUAUCAAAUGGUAAUGAACCUGAAAAAGUUAUGCGUCAUUUAACAAAAUUAUUUGAUUCAAUGGCUAAAUUAACAUUAACAGAAGAACGUGGAGCUGUAAUUAAACAAGCAACAUCUAUGUGGGCUAAAGAUGGAGAACAAAUGCCAUUUCCAUCACCAUGUGAUCUUAAUGGACAAGUUGAAGUUUGGCUUAAUCGACUUCUCGAAAAACAAUGUGAAACUGUUCGAUAUCAUUUAACUGAAGCUGUCGGUGCAUAUGAAGAAAAACCACGUGAUCAAUGGAUUAUGGAUUUUCCAGCACAAGUAGCUUUGACUGGUUCACAAAUUUGGUGGACAGUUGAAGUUUGUGCAGCAUUUGCUAAAUUAGAAGAAGGUUAUGAAAAUGCUUUAAAAGAUUUUUAUCGUAAACAAGUAACACAAUUAAAUGCAUUAAUUGGACAUUUACUAAGUGAUCUUACACCUGGUGAUCGACAAAAAAUCAUGACUAUUUGUACAAUUGAUGUUCAUGCUCGUGAUGUUGUUACAAAAUUAGUAACAAGUAAAUGUGAAAGUGUAAAUGAUUUUAUGUGGCAAUGUCAAUUAAGACAUCGGUGGGAUGAAAAAGAAAAAGAUUGUUUUGCGAAUAUUUGUGAUGCACAAUUUCGUUAUGCUCAUGAAUAUUUAGGUAAUCAACCACGUUUAGUUAUAACACCAUUAACAGAUCGAUGUUAUAUUACAUUAACACAAUCAUUGCAUCUUAUUAUGGGUGGUGCACCAGCUGGACCAGCCGGAACAGGUAAAACUGAAACAACAAAAGAUUUAGGUCGAGCAUUAGGUAUUAUGGUCUAUGUAUUCAAUUGUUCUGAACAAAUGGACUAUAAAUCGUGUGGUAAUAUUUACAAAGGAUUAUCUCAAACUGGUGCUUGGGGAUGUUUUGAUGAAUUUAAUCGAAUAUCAGUUGAAGUACUUUCUGUUAUUGCUGUACAAGUCAAAUCAAUUCAAGAUGCAAUUCGUGAAAAGAAAACACGAUUUUUAUUUAUGGGUGAAGACAUUCGUCUUAAUCGUACAGUUGGUCUAUUUAUUACGAUGAAUCCUGGUUAUGCAGGUCGAACAGAAUUACCAGAAAAUCUCAAAGCACUAUUUCGUCCAUGCGCUAUGGUUGUACCAGAUUUUGAUUUAAUUAGUGAAAUUAUGAUGGUUGCUGAAGGUUUUAUUGAUGCUCGUUUAUUGGCUCGAAAAUUUAUAACUCUUUAUUCAUUAUGUAAAGAACUUCUUUCUAAACAAGACCAUUAUGAUUGGGGUUUACGAGCUAUUAAAUCUGUACUUGUCGUAGCUGGUGCUCUUCGUCGUGCAGAUCCAGGUCGACCUGAAGAUCAAGUAUUAAUGCGUGCAUUACGUGAUUUUAAUAUUCCAAAAAUUGUUACCGAUGAUAUGCCUGUAUUUAUGGGUUUAAUUGGUGAUCUAUUUCCAGCUCUUGAUGUACCACGUAAACGAAAUCUUGAUUUUGAAAAAUUAAUUAAACAAGCAACAGUUGAUUUAAAACUUCAACCCGAAGAUUCAUUUAUUCUUAAAGUUGUACAAUUACAAGAAUUAUUUGAAGUACGUCAUUCAGUAUUUAUUGUUGGUAAUGCUGGUACAGGAAAAUCUCAAAUAUGGAAAGUAUUAAAUCGUACAUAUCAUAAUCAAAAACGUAAACCAGUUGCUGUUGAUCUUAAUCCUAAAGCUGUUACAAAUGAUGAACUUUUUGGUAUUAUUAAUCCAGCAACACGAGAAUGGAAAGAUGGAUUAUUUUCUACUAUAAUGCGUGAUCUAGCUAAUGUGACAUCCGAUGGACCUAAAUGGAUUGUACUUGAUGGUGAUAUUGAUCCAAUGUGGAUUGAAUCAUUAAAUACAGUUAUGGAUGAUAAUAAAGUAUUAACAUUAGCUAGUAAUGAACGCAUACCAUUAAAUCCAACAAUGCGUCUACUAUUUGAAAUUAGUCAUUUACGUACAGCUACACCAGCAACAGUAUCACGUGCUGGUAUUUUAUAUAUAAAUCCGGCUGAUCUUGGUUGGAAUCCACAAGUUGCAACAUGGAUUGAAACACGUGAAAUACAAUCUGAACGUGCUAAUUUAACAAUACUUUUUGAUAAAUAUGUACCAAUGUGUUUAGAUGCUGUUAAAAGUCGUUUUAAAAAAAUUACACCUAUUGUUGAAGGUGCACAUAUACAUAUGUUAUGUCGUUUACUUGAAUGUAUGUUAACACCAACAACAACACCACCUGAUUGUCCAAAAGAAUUAUAUGAACUUUAUUUUGUAUUUACUUGUGUUUGGGCAUUUGGUUCAGCUUUAUUUCAAGAUCAAAUAACUGAUCAUAGAUUAGAAUUUUCAAAAUGGUGGAUUACAGAAUUUAAAUCAAUUAAAUUUCCUGUACAAGGUACAGUUUUUGAUUAUUAUAUUGAUCCAGAAACGAAAAAAUUUGAACCAUGGACCAAACUUGUAACGAAGUUUCGAUUGGAUAGUGAUAUACCAUUACAAUCUGUAUUGGUACCAACAGCUGAAACAACUCGUAUUCGAUAUUUUAUGGAUUUACUUUUAGAAAAAGGAUGGCCAAUUAUGUUGGUGGGUAAUGCUGGUUGUGGUAAAACGGUAUUAAUCAAUGAUAAAUUAUCUUCACUUAAUGAAGAUUGGCUUGCUGUUUCUGUACCAUUUAAUUUCUAUACAACAAGUGAAAUGCUUCAAUUAAUUUUAGAAAAACCAUUAGAAAAGAAAGCCGGUCGAAAUUAUGGUCCACCUGGUAGUAAAAAAAUUAUCUAUUUUAUUGAUGAUAUGAAUAUGCCAGAAGUCGAUCCAUAUUAUACAUGUCAACCACAUACACUUCUUCGUCAACAUCUUGAUUAUAAACAUUGGUAUGAUCGUCAAAAAUUAACAUUAAAAGAAAUUCAUAAUUGUCAAUAUGUAAGUGCAAUGAAUCCAACAGCUGGUUCAUUUACAAUAGAUACACGUUUACAACGACAUUUUGCUGUAUUUGCUGUUUCAUUUCCUGGAUUAGAAGCACUUGAAACAAUUUAUGUUGGUAUUUUAUCUCAACAUUUAGCUGAAGGUUUUACACAACAAGUACAAAAAUAUGCAAAUAGUCUUGUACGUGGUGCACUUGAACUUCAUCGUCGUAUAACAGCAUCAUUUUUACCAACAGCUAUUAAAUUUCAUUAUAUAUUUAAUCUUCGUGAUUUAUCAAAUAUAUUUCAAGCAAUUCUUUUUGCUAAACCAGAAGCAAUUAAAACACAUAAUGAUUUAAUAAGACUUUAUUUACAUGAAUCUGAACGUGUUUAUUGUGAUAAAUUAGUUGAUCGUACUGAUAUUGAUACAUUUAUAAAAUUACAACGUGAUGUUGCUAAGAAAACAUUUGAUGAACUUGAUGAAGAAUAUGUAUUUAAAAAACCAAAUAUCUAUUGUCAUUUUGCUCUUGGUGUUGGUGAUCCAAAAUAUAUGCCUAUUGAUAAUUGGCCACAAUUACAAAAAUUAUUAAAUGAUGCAUUAGAUGCAUAUAAUGAAUUAAAUGCACAAAUGAAUUUAGUACUUUUUGAAGAUGCUAUGACACAUAUUUGUCGUAUUAAUCGUAUAUUAGAAGCGCCACGUGGUAAUGCUUUAUUAAUUGGUGUUGGUGGUAGUGGAAAACAAAGUUUAGCAAGAUUAGCAGCUUCAAUUAGUUCAUUAGAAGUUUUUCAAAUAACUCUACGAAAAGGUUAUAGUAUUAAUGAUUUGAAAACAGAUUUAGCUGCAUUGUAUAUAAAAGCUGGACAAAAAGGAAUAGGAACUGUUUUUCUUAUGACAGAUUCUCAAGUAGCUGAUGAAAAAUUUUUAGUAUUAAUUAAUGAUAUGUUAGCAUCAGGAGAAAUUCCAGGUUUAUUUGCUGAUGAUGCUAUUGAAGAAAUUAUUGGAGCAAUGAGAAAUGAAGUUAAAUCACAAGGUAUUGAUGAUACAAGAGAAAAUAUUUGGAAAUAUUUUAUUGAAAAAGUUCGACGUAAUCUUAAAGUUGUAUUAUGUUUCUCACCUGUGGGUACAACACUUCGAGUACGAUCACGAAAAUUUCCAGCUAUUACAAAUUCUACUUCAAUCGAUUGGUAUCAUGAAUGGCCAGAAGAAGCUUUAAUUUCUGUCGCUAAUCGAUUUGUCAGUGAUGUUGAUACACUUAAACCUGAAAUUAAAGAUUCCGUUGCUAAAUUUAUGGCAUUUGUACAUAAAAGUGUCAAUGAAAUGAGUAUUGCUUAUCUUCAAAAUGAUAAACGAUAUAAUUAUACAACACCAAAAUCUUUUCUUGAACAAAUUACAUUAUAUAAAAAUUUAUUAGCAAAAAAAACACGUGAAUUACAAGAAAAAAUUAAUCGUUUAGAAAGUGGUCUUGUUAAAUUACAAUCAUGUGCACGACAAGUUGAUGAUUUAAAAGAUAAAUUAGCUGCACAAGAAGUUGAACUUAAACAAAAGAAUGAUGAUGCUGAUAAACUUAUUAAAGUUGUUGCAACUGAAACAGAAAAAGUAACGAAAGAAAAAGAAAUUGCUGGUGGUGAACAAGCUAAAGUUGCUGAAAUUGAAAAAUCUGUUACAGCUAAAGCAGAAGAUUGUGAACGUGAUUUAGCUCGUGCAAUGCCUGCUUUAAAAGCAGCUGAAGAAGCUUUAAAUACAUUAGAUAAAACAAGUUUAACUGAAAUGAAAGCUUUUCCUAAUCCUCCUGAAGCUGUUCUUAAAGUCGGUGCUGCUGUUUUAUGUUUAUUACCACCUGGUGGUAAAAUUCCUCGACCAGCUCAACGUGAUUGGAAAGCUUGUAAAGCAAGUAUGGGUAAUGUCGAUCAAUUUCUUCAAGCGUUAAAAACUUACGAUAAAGAACAUAUUCGUGAUGAUAUGCGUCGAGAAGUUAAAGUUUAUCUUGAUGAUCCAGAGUUUGAUCCAGAUAAAAU